UACUUGUAUUUUUGAAUAAAAACACAUUCAUAAUUAAUUUUGUUGAAGUCUAGAAUGAAGUAGUUGUACCUUAAAAUUAGAUGUCAAAACCUGAACCGACCCAAAAAACAUUUAUUUUAAAUUUCGAGUUGCAUUGAUACAAUACUUUAGAAUGACUUAAAUUUGAAAUUAGAUUCGACUCGACCUCAAUGCAACCGACUCAGAUACCCACAUUUGACGCCUCUACUUAAAUUGACUCAUGGCUCUCGUAUAUAUUCCAAGGAUGUCCAAAGAAAAAGACCAACUUGGCUAAUUACAAUUCCUCUUUCUUAUGCACCAUUUGCCGCGCUCUAUCUGUUUCCUCUGUUUCAAAUUUCUGUAAAAAAAAGUUCCAAAAACCCUUUCUUCCUCAAUCAAAUUAACCCAAACCCCAUAAUUUUUUUUCAUAAAACAAGAAAUUUCAAUGGCACCCACUUCAUUUCGUAAAGCAAUUGGAGUAGUAAAGGAUCGAACAAGCAUCAGUAUUGCAAAAAUGGCGAACAAUGUUGAUCCAGAACUUGAUAUCUUGAUCGUCAAAGCAACAAAUCACGACACCCAUAUCCCCAAAAUCAGAUACUUUUCUGAAAUCUUGCGUAAAACAAUGAUUUCAAGAGAUCUUGUUAAAGAAUGUGUGUGUUUGAUUUCGAAACGAAUUGAGAAAACCCAUGAUUGGAUUGUUGCGUUGAAGUGUUUGAUUCUUGUUUAUCGAUUGAUUGUUGAUGGUGGGAGGAAUUUUGUGAAGGAGAUUGCUUGUGCUAAUGCUAGUGGUAGAAUGUUGAGUAAUAUGUGUGUUUUUAGAGAUGAAGCGCAUUCAAAUUCUGGGGAUUACUCUGAUUUUGUGAGGAAUUUUGGGAUGUUUCUUGUAAAGAAAGUUGAGCUCAUGGUGUUCGACGAAAUGUGGCUGAGAAGAAAAGUGAAUUCUUCUGAUGAUUUGAGGAGAAUGGAAGAAAGGGAGAAGAAAAUGGAGGAAAAUCACUUGAGGGAUGAGUUACUACUUGAGAAGGUGUUGAGUAGGAUGGAGAGGUUACAAAGGUGUCUUCAACGAGUGCUUAAUAUUCGAUGUUCGAGGUGCGUUAAUGGGAAGUAUAGAGAGCUACUGUUUCUUGCUCUUACUCCUGUGAUUGAGGACAGUUUUGUUCUGUAUGAAGAUGUAUCUGGUGGUCUGUCAUUCUUGUCAGAUUGUUUCUGGGAGAUGGAGUAUCUUAAUUCUGUUAAGACUUAUGGGACUUAUGCUACUGUCGCGAAGCAGUUUGAUGAUCUUGCUGAGUUCUAUGGUUGGUGUAAGGGUGUCGGGUUUGAUAAGCCGUCUGAUGAGUAUCCUGAGGUUGAGAGCAUUAGUGAAGAACUUCUAAGGUCAAUGGAGGAGCUGGUCAAGAAAAGGAUGAAUGAAACGAAGAAUUAUAAAAAGAGUAGUUCGAAGAUGGCAGAACUGAUGAAUAAGAUGUCAGAGAACAAUGUAAAUGCUAUGAAUGGUUAUGUUCAGGAUUCUGAUGCCAUAGGAAAAGAUAUGGUGAUCGUGAAGGUCAAUAGUGAUGCAUCAUCGGCUGAGGAGAAAGGCGAAUGUAUGGCAUUGUCUUUGAUCCACGAGGAUCAAAACGACAUAGUUAUAAACCCGUGGGAAGAAUUUUCUGAUAUUGUUGAAUCACACAUUGCUUCAGAUUGGGAAACUUCAGCUGCUAAUACCAAUAAUGAAGACUGGCAGAUGGUUUUGGUGGCUUCAGCUGGUAAUCUGACUGAGCAAAAGGUUAAUUUUGGUGACAGUUUUGAUGCUGUUAUGCUAAAUGACAUGUAUGAUCAGGGUGUAGUAAAGCAGUUUACUGGUGGGAGUGCUAGCAGCCUCGCAUUGCCUUGGCAUGAGGAGAGAAGGACUACGGUUUUGGCAUUACCGAGUACAGAAGGGUCAGUUCAUAUGGUAAAUCAGGAUCCAUUCACAGCUUCUCUAGCAGUUCCGCCUCCUGCUUAUGUUCAGAUAGUGGAGCUGGAGAAUAAGUUCCAAUUGCUGCAACAAGAACAGAAGAUUUGGGAGGAGUAUGAGGCUAAUGGGAUGCAAGGUCAAGUCAGUCGUGUGCUUAGUGGAUCCACCACAGACAAUGCUACUCGUCUGCAGGAAAGGAUGCCUCAUUUGACAUCGUCCAAUGACUUGGGGCUGCUUUAAGUCUAACCCUUGGUGUAAUGUAAGAAAUACUGCCUUUAAAGAGAGUGCUUGAACACAAAAAAAUGCCUCUUUUUUUGUCUAGUACAUACAUACUUCUUAUACCAUACAGAUAGUCUAAUCAUAGUUGAGAUGAAUUCAUACUUACAGUUGCGAAACAGUUAAGGGAAACA